AUGGCCGCAGGCAUGCAUGCUUUGCUUUUGCAGCAAUUGCCUACGGUAUGUCUUAUGGUGGGAAAAAGCGCUGUAUUUCUGUCAUUGCCACAUGCGGGGACAAUAUAAUGUGUAAAUAGUGUUUGUGCUCUGCAUGUAGAUGCUGACUGUGUGAACGACUGAACGUGCGUGUGUGUGCAUGCGUGUGUGUGUAUGCGUGUGUGUGCGCUAGGAGGGAGGCUCAGGCAGAUGUGUGUUAGCUAAUGCUGUCUGAGAGCAGCUGGGCAGGGCGAAUAGACGAGCAAUAACACAAUGACAUCACCCAGAGUGUGUGUGUGUGAGAGAGAGAGAGAGAGAGAGAGAGAGAGAGAGAGAGGGAGAGAGAGAAGGCUGAAGCAGGCCAGCUCAGAUGCAGAGAGGCUGGAGAGUGAAUUGAGCCUGUGGGAGAGGACCAUACAGCACUCACACAACAGGGGAUACAGGAUAUAGAUUUCUUCCCUCUCUACCAUUGCACCUCUCCCCCUCCCCCUUUCCCCUUCCCCUCAUCCUCUGUCAGCCCCUCUCAGCCUCUGCUUCAGGCUGCUCCUCCGGGCAUGCUACUUAAGCCAAAGUAUGGCCGCUUUCGCAACGACUCUGUGACCUCCUCCGACGACCUGAUGCAGAGCUUAGCCAUGAGCGGCAAAGUGGUGGCCACCCCGGUGGUCCUCUCCUCCGCCCCCAGCCUGCCACUGCCCUCCCUGCCUCCUCUGGAGUCCAUCCCCCGGUCCUCUUCCGCAGCCCCUGCUCUGGCCGACUCCCCCUGCCUGGACGGGGAGCAGGACGCCACCACCACUUUCUGCAUGCUCAUCCCCAGGAUGCCUCAGUGGAAGUUCUCCAACUCGCUGCUCAGCAGGAGCCCCUCCAACUCCAGCUCCAGCUCCACCAAGGACUCGGGCAAGGCUGCAGCCCCCUCAUCACAGGGCUCGCACGGCCCCAGUGGCGCUUCUGCCCCCAAUGGUCCCGUGGCCAGUCUGGCCGCUGUCUUUAACUCCUGUGACCCUGUGUGUGUCAACUCCUGUUCCCUACAGGCCAUCAGCAGGCAGAGAUCUGCAGCGGGCUCAGCCAGUCCAGGUGGCCACGGCACAGGGGCUGCAGAGGGCACAGGGAGCCCCGGGGGCCACAGCGGAUCCAGGACGGGGAUGAACCGCAGGACAAGGGUGGAGGGCAUGUGGCUGGGAGGGGAGGACUUCAACCAGAAGGGCAGCUUCAUCCACAAGCCCUCCCAGGGCUGGCUGCACCCAGACAAGAAGAUCACAGGCUCUGGGGCUUCCUACAUAGUCAGGGUGAGUCACCAUGCAUGCAGCCCUUCUACAGCUUUUUGCAUUACCCAAGUGUUGUUAUCGUUCAGCAUACAUUUGAGCAUUUCUGCAUUGCAUUUUUUAAGGGUAAUCUUCCAUGCAGUUAAAUACUGUAUCCGUCAGGGAUAAUUUGACAGCCUGUUGAUGGUUUCCACCCAGAGUCCAUGUUAUGUUGUUCACAAACAAACCUGUAGAAUAGUGAAUCAUUGAAAACCCCUCUGUAAAGCUUAAAUAAGACAAAACUGUCAGAAGAUAUCCUGUUUGCAAUUAACAUUUGGGACGUCUCAUUCCUUAGGAAUAAUAUCAAUGUUAAGAUUAUUAACCACCCUGCGGGUGUCUCUUGGAUACAAUGGGACAUUAGAAUGUCAGGCAGUGUGUUAUGCACCCAAUGUGUCGAGGCUGAGGAGGAAUACAUGAUUUAAUCCAGAUAGAUGGCUCUCUCUGCUUUGUGUGAUGUGGUGUGGUGGGGAGACUGCGUCAGCCUACAGGCUUCAGGCUUUAGGGUGGGUGGUAGGGAGGGAGGAAAUUAACAGAAUGGAAUCGUAAACAGAACACAUAUUGCAUGUGGUGAAUCAGAGAUACGUGGAUGUGUGUGUGUGCGAGUGUGUGUGUACGAGUGUGUGUGUGUGUGUGAGUGAGUGAGUGAGUGGCAUGUUUCAUGAUCUUAGUCUGAUUGUUUACGCAUAAGUGAAAGAUUGGAUGUUAUAUAAUUUUGGACAGACAUACAUACAAUACAUACAGUCUUAAUCAGUGACAAUGGUAAUUACCUUGUUACAAAUCCUGAUGGUAGUGGAUAUGUUAGGUGUUAUCACACAUUUGGUCAAAUUACACUUACAAAUAGAAGUAUAUCUGAGAAAUAUAGAAAACAAAUGAUAAUAUUGUCCAGUGAAAUAGGUCAUUUAAAAAACCAAUGUGUCUUGCAGUGAGUAAGAUAUAAUUUCCAGUGUCUAAGCUGGUGAUUUUGGCUCACAAUGGGUUACAUCUGAGGCAGACUGUUUGACGUCAAUGUCAAUGAUCUCCCCUCAGCAAUCCCCUCUGCCCUCCGCUCUUCCCAUCCCCCCAGCCUCAACAAAACGACAUGGCUCUUUAUUAGCCCAGUCUAGGCCCAAGCACGCUUUCUAAUUACAUUACACAGGCACCAUUCAUCCCUAUAUUCCAUUACAUUUAAUCACAGUUGUUUGCAUCACACGUGGUGGGGAAGGACUAGGGUGACAUUGCAGGGUCUACGAGUCCAUCUGCAUUAACACUGAGGAGUACUAGUAGCAGACAGCAUAGAGAGAACACUCAGCCAGGGGCUUCCCUCAGCACUAAUCGUGCUUUCCUCACAUUAACACCUCUGACUCCGCCAAAAUUAUAUGACAUCCAUAGUCCACAGCUAAACAUGCUACACUGAGAGGAAACACCAGAGAGCAUUUUAGGAAGUAUUUCAUUACGGUUGUGCCCUGCACCAGUUUUCAUUAGCAGUUUGCUGUAGCCUAAUCCAUUAUAAUAAUAUUUAAAUGGCCCCUGCAGCAAGCCAGGCAGAUAAGAUGUGCGUAGAUAAGGGACUACAUGUCUUUUCAUCCUCUCUAUAUAAUGUGGUGUGCAGGGAGGAGCACCAGUGAAUCUAUUACUGUCUGAAUGACAGCAGAUUUAUGCUGCUCUCUGCUUUUCUCUCUGUCAUCAUGACAUACACUACAUGGCCAAAAGAGUGUGGACACCCCUUCAAAUUAGUGGAUUUGUCUAUUUCAGCCACACCCGUUGAUGACAGGUGUAUAAAAUCGAGCACACAGCCAUGCAAUCUCCAUAGACAAACAUUGGCAGUAGAAUGGCCCGUACUGAAGAGCUCAGUGACUUUCAACAUGGCACCGUCAAAGGAUGCCACCUUUCCAACAAGUCAGUUCGUCAAAUUUCUGGCCUGCUAGAGCUGCCCCAGUCAACUGUAAGUGCUGUUUUUGUGAAGUGGAAACGUCUAGGAGCAACAACGGCUCAGCCGCGAAGUGGUAGGCCACACAAGCUCACAGAACGGGACCGCCGAGUGCUGAAGCACGUAGCACGUAAAAAUCGUCUGUCCUUGGUUGCAACACUCACUACCGAGUUCCAAACUGCCUCUGGAAGCAACGUCAGCACAAUAACUGUUUGUCGGAGCUUCAUGAAAUGGGUUUCCAUGGCCGAGCAGCCGCACACAAGCCUAAGAUCACUUUGCGCAAUGUCAAGCGUCGGCUGGAGUGGUGUAAAGAUCGCUGCCAUUGGACUCUGGAGCAGUGUAAGCGCGUUCUCUGGAGUGAUGAAUCACGCUUCACCAUCUGGCAGUCCGGCGGACUAAUCUGGGUUUGGCGGAUGCCAGGAGAACGCUACCUGCCCGAAUGCAUAGUGGCAACUAUAAGGUUUGUUGGAGGAGGAAUAAUGGUCUGGGGCUGUUUUUCAUGGUUCGGGCUAGGCCCCUUAGUUCCAGUGAAGGGAAAUAUUAACUCUACAGCAUAUAAUGACAUUCUAGACGGUUCUGUGCUUCCAACUUUGUGGCAACUGUUUGAGGAAGGCCCUUUCCUGUUUCAGCAUGACAAUGCCCCCAUACAGAAAUGGUUUGUCGAGAUCGGUGUGGAAGAACAUGACUGGCCUGCACAAAGCCCUUACCUCAACCCCAUCGAACACCUUUGGGAUGAAUUGGAACGCUGACUGCAAGCCAGGCCUAAUCGCCCAACAUCAGUGCCCGACCUCACUAAUGCUCUUGUGACUGAAUGGAAGCAAGUCCCCGCAGCAAUGUUCCAACAUCUAGUGGAAAGCCUUCCAAGAAGAGUGGAGGCUGUUAUAGCAGCAAAGGGGGGACCAACUCAAUUAAUGCACAUGAUUUUGGAAUGAGAUGUUUGACGAGCAGGUGUCCACAUACUUCUGGCAAUGUAGUGUAUAUCUUAUUUUCUCUGCUCUGCUGGAGGGAGACACAAACAGACAGACAGACAGACUGAGACCCUGGUGCACGUUUCCACCCAAUCUGGUCCUUUCUGCCACCGCAGCCAGCCAACUGAACCAGCGGUUGUGGUGUGGUGGCCCUGCAUCUACCACGUUAAGAGCCAGGCCACUGCAAUGCAGGCCUCCUGGCCUGGCAAACAGCAAGGUGAGAAAUACUAAGAGAGUUAUUCCGCCAAAAGAAAAAAGACUUACACCUUGGUUGGACUGGGAGAUGGCGACAGUACAGUAUGCCUUUUCCACUGAGCAACAUGAGCCACUUACCAGUCUCUCCCUGCUGGCCCCUGCCACUAUCUGGAGAGCCGAGCAGCAACAGCUGAGAUAUUAGAUAAUAAACUUUGUCUGGAGACUUGAACAGGAUGUUCUCUGUUGCAGUGAUAGUGGGGCCAGAUUAGCCCCAGUAAUAUGAUAGAUAUCCUUCGUUGACAUUCACAUUCCUUGAAGGCAAGGCGGUGGCGGAGAUGGCGUCUCUUUCAGAGAAGAAAGGCACAUUUUCGCCAUUUCUCUGGAAUGUUUAUUGGAAAUGCUGCAUCACUGGUUCCAGGAAGGGAGUAUUAGAGAUACUGCCGGGGGGCGGAAGGAGAGAUGAGAGCUCGAUGGGACAGUGUAUCGUGCAGGAGAGAGUGUGACAAUGAAGGCAUUGAGAGUGAGAAGGAGAUGGAAAGAGAGGGAGAAGGAGAAGACCGUCUGACUGGUGGAAGACUUCCCCAGUCUCCUAAUCUGGUUAGGUUGCUCAUUUAGCUCUAAGGCAGAGGAGUUAGCCUGAUUACUUCUCUCCCUGUCUCUGGCAGCAGCCAGCCACAACAACAGAUCCAGACAGCAAACUAACAAGACGUUGAUUGAGCUUGAGUCAAAUGAGGAUGCAUAGACAUGAAUGAUAGAGCGUCUGCUAAGCUCCUACACCUUUGAAAGGGUAGCUACAGGGGGACUACCCUACAUCUCAGUGGAUGCUUAUGGGAGGAGCUAUGUGAGGACUCUGUUGUGGCCUAUUUAAACAUGAUCUAAUUUGGCCUGUGCCUAUGAUGUUUAUAUGACCUCAAUGCUGAUAUGGUUCAAUAAUAUAGCACAUUUAAUGUCCUAGUAUACUUAGCAUACGUAUGUUGUAUAAUAGUAUUUUUGGUGUAGUAGGAGUUUCAGUGACUAAUAACAGACUCCAGUGGAGCCCUGGUGAUGGAGUCCCCUCUCCCAGAGCACUUUGCGUGGUCCCCAGUGACACACACACACACACACACACACACACACACAGUGCUCCUCUGGGGCCUCUGCGGCUACAACUCCCUGAAGACACUGAGCUCUUAGUGUUGCUAAUCUACUCAUGGAGACAAUAUUACCACAUUAACCUGGCCAUUAUUCUGCCACUCACACUUUCUGCAAGUGACUGGGCCUUUAGUACUAUGGUAUAAAUGAUUGUCAUACAUGUAAUGUGUUAACCAUUCUGGAAAUACAUUCUGCACUGUGUGUGACCCAUUGCCGUAGCACCAUGUAUCAGUGAAAAAGGCUGUCAUGAUAGUUCCUGUCUCAUGACCUAAAGUACUUUAUGUAUUAACCUCACUUUAAUUGGAUUGAGAACAAUUAUCUAUAGAAUAAUACAUAUUGUUGGAAAUCUAUCAUGUAAUAAAGUAUGUUGUUUUUCUGUCUUUGCAGUACAUGGGCUGCAUUGAGGUGUUAAAGUCGAUGCGAUCGCUGGACUUCAACACUCGGACCCAGGUGACGAGGUAAGCGAGGAUUGAUUCUGCCCUGCUAGUGAUGAGUCAGUAGAACCCGAUCUGAGUAGAAGGAUAAGGUACACAAAACAGUCACAGUGAUACCAAAUCAGGUAGAGAUUCACAGGCACGCCAGCCCUGCUUUUCACUGUAAUGAUAUUACUAGCAAGGCCCAG